AUGCCGUUCAUUGUUGGUCGUACGGAUGACUAUGGCGCUACGAAAAAAGCGGAAAAUUCGAAUGGUCGGUGUGACGUAAAGCCAGCCAUGAGUACCACGGUUUCAAGGAAAAAGGGCAUUUCGGCUACUUCAGGGCUUAUCAAUUUUCUAUGUGGCAUGAUCGGUCCAGGAUGUUUCUCGCUUUCGGCCAGCUUUAAACAAGCCGGUCUAUGGGGCGGCCUUAUUUUGGUAUUCAUCGUCGGAUUUUUAAGUCUCUACAGUAUGAGCAAAAUAGUCAAAUGCUCUCAAUUUUUAGCAAAAUCAAAUGGAGAUCAAAGUUUGGAUUACGGUGAAAUGGCAGAAGCGGCAAUUUUAAGUUCUUACAAAUGGGCUAGAAGAUAUGCGAAACUGGCAAAAAUCCUAGUGAAUUCUUGUCUUCUUGCUUUCCAACUUGGCGUUAUUACGGUCUCGCUGGUUUUUGCUGUUGAACAUAUCACGGAGAUCUGGGAGUUCAUCAGUGGUUCUCCACCACCAUUUUCGAAGAGAGUCAUGAUUCUAAUUUUCUUUGUUCCACAAAUGAUUCUGAAUUUCAUUGGGCACAUGAAACUAAUAACAAUUUUGUGUCUGUGUGGAAAUGUCAUUAUAUUCGCAGCAAUCAUUUUGAUCACUAAGGAGCUGAUGGUUCAUACAUGGUAUCCAACAUGGGAGCUGGACAGUUUCACUGGAAUUGAGGGAACUUCAAUUGCGGCCGGAGCAUUAAUCUAUUCAUUUGAAGGACAGGCAAUGGUUUUGCCAUUGGAGAACUCGUUGAAGCAUCCAAAAGAUAUGGGUGGAAUCACAGGAGUUUUGGCGACAUCAAUGAAUCUUGUGACUAUUUUAUACGCAUUUCUCGGGUUUUUUGGUUACGUUACGUUUGGUCCAAACGUGCAAGGAAGUUUGACACUCAAUCUACCAAAUUCUGUGCUGUCGGUUACCAUCAAAGCACUUCUCGUUCUAAAAAUAUUCUUCGGAAGUGCCAUGCAACUAUUCGUCAUUGUCGAAAUGCUCCUCCCUAGUGUUCGAUCCAAAAUCUCUGAAGACCGAAAAUUGAUCAAUAGGCUUCUACCGUAUGCUCUCCGUCUCGGAUUAAUGCUCAUCUCAUUGUGUCUCGCACUGGUUGUUCCAAAUCUAAUGCAAAUCAUUCCACUCGUUGGCAUCACAUCUGGCCUUUUGAUUUCACUGAUUCUACCCUCUCUUCUGGAUUCCAUGGUUUUCCUACCAGUUCUCAAAAAACAAGGAGAAAUGCUUCAAUAUUACAAAAAGUUGAUCAUCAAUGUGUGCUUAUUUGUUAUCGGCUGGCUCUUCAUGGGAUCUGGACUAUAUUCCAGCAUCGACGACAUAAUAAAUAACAAUGUGUAA